AGGACUUGCCCCAAGCCGCCGGCUCAGCGCCACAGACCUCAAGUCUCCGGCUCAACUCGGAUGGCUACACUUUCAUGCCCGUCGUGCGGACGAUCCCUCUGCAGGUGGACAUGACCAUGGCCCUGCAGCGCGCGAGGAUCUCCGAGAAGUACGGGAAGAGCUACCUCUGCCUGCUGCAGAAGGUCUUCCUCGCACAAAGAGAACUGCUAUUCUGUGUGAAGGACAUCAGUCAUUUCUUAAUGCAAAACAUCGCCUUCCUCUCGGGAGGCCGGGGAAAGGACAAUGCCUGGAUUAUUACAUUUCCAGAAAACUGCAACUUCAAAUGUAUACCAGAAGAAGUAAUAGCAAAAGUGCUCACUUAUCUGACAUCUAUUGUGCGGCAAAAUGCAUCUGACUGUCAGUUUACACUUAUUCUGGAUCGAAGAUUGGAUACGUGGUCCUCUCUCAAAAUCUCUCUACAGAAAAUCUCAGCUUCUUUCCCAGGGAACUUGCAUUUGAUUUUGGUUUUACGUCCCACCAGUUUUCUUCAACGAACGUUCACAGAUAUUGGAUUUCGAUUUAGUCAGGAGGAUUUCAUGGUCAAAUUACCAGUUGUUAUGCUGAGCUCAGUUAGUGAUUUGCUGGCAUACAUUGAUGGCAAGCAGUUAACCCCUGAGUUAGGCGGCACCUUGCAGUACUGCCACAGUGAAUGGAUCAUCUUCAGAAAUGCUAUAGAAAAUUUUGCCCUCACAGUAAAAGAAAUGGCUCAGAUGUUACAAUCCUUUGGAACGGAACUGGCUGAAUCAGAACUACCCAACGAUAUUCCUUCAAUAGAAGAAACUCUGGCCCUUCGUGCUGAAAGAUACCAUGUGUUGAAGAAUGACAUUACAGCUGUAACCAAAGAAGGAAAAGUUCUGCUGACGAAUCUGGAAGUGCCUGAUGCUGAGGAAGCUGCCAGUUCAAGCCUUGAGCAGCAUCGAAAUAUAAGUGGUGAAUGGCAAACGAUUAAUAAAUUGCUGACUCAAGUACAUGACAUGGAAACAGCUUUUGAUGGAUUUUGGGAAAAACACCAAUUAAAAAUGGAACAAUAUCUGCAGCUCUGGAGAUUUGAGCAAGACUUUCAAGAGCUCGUGACUGAAGUUGAACUUCUGUUAAAUCAACAAGCAGAGCUGGGUGAUGUAACAGGGAACAUAGCUCAAAUAAAACAAAAAAUAAAACAAAUGGAAAGCCUAGAUGAAAAUUCUCAGAAACUGUUAGGAAAGGCCCAAUUUCUGAUGUUACAUGGACACCAGCUUGCAUCAAAUCACCAUUAUGCACUGGAUUUAAUCUGCCAGAGGUGCAAUGAACUACGUUACCUUUCUGAUAUUUUGGCUAGUGAGAUGAAGUCAAAACAGAUACAGCUCAGCAGGACCUUCAACAUGCAUAAACUGCUACAGCAGGCUCGUCAGUGCUGUGAUGAAGGGGAAUGUCUUCUAGCUAAUCAGGAGAUGGAUAAGUUUCAGUCUAAAGAAGAGGCUCAGAAAGCCCUUCAAGACAUUGAAAAUUUUCUUACGAUGGCUCUGCCCUUCAUAAAUUAUGACCUGGAAUCACUACAGUAUGAAUUUGAUGUAUUUUUGUCUCCUGAACUCAAGGUUCAAAUGCAGGCUGUACAACUCAAGCUUGAAAAUAUUCGAAGUAUAUUUGAGAACCAGCAGGCUGGUUUCAGAAACACGGCAGAUAAGCAUGGGAGGCCAAUCCAGUUUGUGAUGCCUACACCUGAAAAUGCGAUCAUACCGAGAGCACCAUUUUUUUCACCUAAACCCGUGGGAGUUGGAUACUCUUUCUUUCAAGCAUGUAAAAUGUUUUCAAAAGGGAAGACUUGGAGACAAAGUCAGAGCAACUUAAAAACGGAUCUUUCUUCCAUGAAUGAAUCCAGUCCUAUAGAAGUGGUGCAUGAUUGUCAGGAGAAGAGGAGUCCUGGACAACCCUCCAGUUUGGACAAUGACAAUAACUUGGAUAUUAUAAAGAGGCACGUCUUCAAUGAGCUGAUACAGACUGAAAGAGUGUAUGUUCAGGAGCUGUUUGCUGUUUUGCUGGGCUACAGAGCAGAAAUGGAUAAUCCAGAGAUGUUUGAUCUUAUACCACCUGUCCUGAGAAAUAAAAAGGAUGUUCUCUUUGGAAACAUGACAGAAAUAUAUGAAUUCCAUAGCAACAUUUUCAUUGGCAGCCUGGAAAAUUGCUCUCAGGUUCCAGAAAGAGUGGCAUCUUGUUUCCUGGAAAGGAAAAACGAUUUUCACAUAUAUGCAAAAUAUUGUCAGAAUAAGCCCAAAUCAGAGGCAAUUUGGAGGAAGUACUCAGAUUGUGCCUUUUUCAAGGAACGUCAAAGAAAAUUGAAUCACAGGCUCGGUCUGGAUUCUUAUUUACUCAAGCCGGUACAACGAAUCACUAAGUACCAGUUACUGUUAAAGGAGCUAUUGAAAUAUAGCAGAGACUCUGAAGGAUCCAGUCAGUUACAGGAGGCGCUUGACACAAUGCUGGAUUUGCUGAAGUAUGUUAAUGACUCCAUGUAUCAGAUUUCAAUAAAUGGCUACGUUGGAAAUUUAAAUGAUCUUGGCAAGAUGGUACUGCAAGGAGGAUUCAGUGUUUGGAUAGGACACAGGAAAGGUGCUACAAAAAUGAAGGAUUUCGCUAGAUUCAAACCAAUGCAGCGACACCUUUUCCUGUAUGAAAAAGCUGUUAUUUUUUGUAAGAGGCGCAAUGAAAGUGGAGAAGGCAUGGAAAAAUACCCCUCAUACAGUUUUAAGCACUGUUUGAAAAUGGAUGAAGUUGGAAUCACAGAAUACGUAAAAGGUGACAAUCGCAAGUUUGAGAUCUGGUAUGGUGGGAAGGAAGAAGUUUAUAUUAUACAGGCUCCUAAUGUAGAUGUGAAGAUGUCAUGGUUAAAAGAAAUAAGAAAUAUUUUGUUGAAGCAGCAGGAACUUAUGACAGUUAAAAAGAUGCAACAGGAUCAGGUAACAGAACGAGAUCAACUUUCUGCUGGGCAGAAUGAUGAAAAACAUCAGGCAGCUUUUGUAAGUGUUGAAGAAGCUGAAUCGGAGCACACUGGUGCUGUGGUCCAGGGCAGUGAGACAUCCGUGCCAGUUCAGGCAGAAGCAAGUGCAGUUUGGCCUGAGAAGUCACAGUCUGCAGAAAACCCCGAAGAGCCUGAGGAAUGGGCUAACAACUAUUUCUACUCAGCUUAUGCUGGCAAUGAAGAAGGAGAUACACCCUUACUGAUGACCUGUGACGGAAAAGAUGACUGAGAUCUGAGCCUUCAGCAAGCAUUUUUCUGGAGAUCCGUGUCGGAUGUGGCUCUCCUGUACUGAUGAAGCUACCCUGUCACAUGGCAAGUAGCUGCUUCCUGUCUGUUCUUCAGCCCAUUUGGAAAAAAUACUGCUCAAAAGAUGUUCAACCCACAUAAUGUGGAUAUUAUUUUCAUGUUUUUUUUUUUUUCUCCUUUGGACUUGCGAAGAAUCAACCGCACAUAAUUUUUCUUUUGUUUCGAUAAGUUUUCAUUAUACGUUAAAAUAUUGCAUUUAAUGUAGAAGAUAUUAUGCUGGAAAAAACUCUCAUCUCACAAUACUUUUGGACUUAAAAAUUGUUUCUUUUCUGUAUCUUUGUAACCAAAUACAAUCCGUGUGCCUUGGAUUAUUUAGCUUAUUAUGAACUACGUUAAAAUUAUGGCUGCAAAAUGAUUAAGGUCAAGUGAAGCACAAUAUUAUGAUUUAAUAGGCUUUCAUUGGAUCUAGAGCUUUUGUGCCCAUUAUUUUAACCUGUGCAAAAUGAUACUAAGUCUGGAAAUACUUUGGGGGGUGUUAGUAAAUUUUGUUCAGAGCUAUUGCCUUUUGUAUUUGCCAAGAUAAAAUUUUCAUAAGAGUAGUUUACAAAUAAUUGUAUUCAAAAUCUAAUAUUUUCAUUCUUUUUUCUGGACUAAUGCUUCUGAUUCAUGUAACAAAUGAAUUGUGCUCUAUUAUUUUCUGUACAUUUCAUGCUGUAAUUCUCUUUUUCAAAAUAAAAAAGUCUUCAGAUUAUAUAAA